AUGGAUUACACAUAUAAAACCAACAGAUAUCGUCUUCCUCUUCUUGAAAUUAUGGGAGUGACAUCAACUGAAAUGACAUUCUCUGUAGCUUUCGUAUACUUACAGUAUGAGAGGGUCGAUAACUAUGCGUGGGUGUUAGCUACAUUGCGUGAUGUCAUGGAUGGGUUUGUUGUGCCAACAAUUAUUGUUACUGAUAGAGAGCUAGCCUUGAUGAAUGCCAUACAAAAGAUAUUCCCAAGUGCCAGACAUUUAUUAUGUCGUUGGCAUAUCAGUAAGAAUGUAUUGACCAAAUGCAAGAAAAUGUUUGAGACACAGCAGAAAUGGGAGAAGUUCAACCAUGAAUGGAACUCUUUAGUGUAUUCAUCUUCUGAAAUUCAAUAUGAUGAGCGUCUUAAAUCAUUACUUAAGGAAUUCAGUAGUUAUCCUGAUACAGUCAAAUACGUCAUGGAUACUUGGUUGGUUCCUUACAAGGACAAAUUUGUGGCGGCAUGGACAGACACGUGUAUGCAUUGUGGCAAUGUUACAACGAACCGGACUGAGAGUGCACAUGCAAAACUUAAAAGACAAUUGGGUUCAUGUCAAGUCUCAUUUCAGGCAUCAUUUGAGAAAAUACACAGUCUGCUUGAGUUACAACACACUGAUAUCAAGGCUUCAUUUGAGAAAAGUCUAACUGUUGUGCAACAUCAAUUUAAACCUUCUCACUUUAGGGAGCUACGGGGUAAUGUGUCUAUCUCUGCAUUGGAGUAUUUGCUUGUAGAGAGUAAGAGAGCCAAUUCCAUUCGUAUUGAUGUUGAAGCUUGUGGAUGCAUCCUUCGCCACACUCAUGGUUUACCUUGUGCCCAUGAGAUUGCUGACUACAUCGGACAAGAUCGUUCUAUACCACUUGUUACCAUACACUCACAGUGGAGGCAACUUCAUAUCUCUAUAUGCAAGAAAGAAGAGGAAACGGAGGUGACUUGUCAUGCAGAAGUAGAGUUGUUUAUGAACAAGUUUAAUGAAAGUGAUAGAACCAUGCGGUUGGAGCUUUUGAAGAAGUUGAAAGAAAUUGUAUAUCCGGGAAGCACUUUUCUUGUUGAGCCGGAGGUGAAGCCCAAAACACGUCCUCGGGAUCAUAAGAAGAUCAAUGUUUCUACCCAUCGUGACCCGUGUGCAUUCGAGUUGGUGCAAUCUGGACAUGAUUCCUUCUCAUCUAGGGACACUCAAAUCACUACAUUAGCUUCUACUCUGCAAACCAAGAAGAAGCGACCUGUUAAGGGAAAGGAGAACGUGAAUCCGAAAGGGAAGGUAUACAUUACUAGAACAGUGAAACCUGGUGCAUAUGUUGAUGCUUUCCCUGUUGGGUUGAAACCAUACAUUAAGUUUGUCAAGGAUGUAGCUGCAAAUGGGAAUUGUGGUUUCAGGGCUAUAGCUGCAUCAAUUGGUCAUACAGAAGAUGAUUGGGCUCAGGUUAGGCGUGAUCUGUUGGGUGAGCUGCACACAUACAAAAAGGAAUACAUUACACUUUAUGGGUCCUACGAAAGAACAAUGCCAGUACCUCAACUUGAUAGACGUGAGAUUGCCAUUGGGUUUGUCAACGGAAAUCAUUUCAUCCAGGUUUUGUUGCAGCCAGGCCAUCCAGUUCCUCCUAUAGCCACUAAUUGGCGAAAAUACCGUCACCCUUGCGCUGUCGACUGGGAUGAUGCAUAUGUGCGUUGCAUUCAACAUUUCAUGAUUCAUGAUAAUGUAGCUACUCGAGAGACAUUUGAUGUUGUUGAUGUCGCAUGA